AUGCCUGUAAUCAAGGCUCCAACAAAUCAAAAGCGUCACACUAAUGUGGCGGUAGUCCGGCUCAAGACUCACGGAAAGCGAUUCGAACUUGCGUGUUACAAAAAUAAGGUGCAAUCAUGGAGGGAUGGAACGGAGAAAGAUCUUGGUGAGGUGUUGCAAUCGGAUAGAAUCUUUACAAAUGUCGGCAAAGGAGAAUUCGCUAAUUCGAAAGACUUGGACAAGGCAUUUGGAACGAAAAAUGAAAAAGACAUCGCAAUUAAAAUCCUGGCAAAAGGCGACCUGCAGGUUUCUGAUAAAGAACGAGAAGUAGCUAACGAAUCGCUCUUCUCUGAAAUUGCGGAGAAGGUUUCUGAAAUGUCCAUCAAUCCGCAAACCGAACGAAAGUAUCCACCGACGAUCAUACAGAAGGCUAUGAAGGAGACGAUUCAUUAUUCCUUGCAGACGAAGAAGAACGCGAAAGUACAAGCAAUCGAUGUCAUCAAGCAGCUGAAAGCCAAGGACUUUCCAAUUGAUCGUUGCAAAAGCCAAGUAAAAGCUACGAUUCCAACUGAAUUUUCUAACGUCGCCGAUAAGAUCCGAAAGCUUGCCAGCAAAAUACUUGACGAAAAAGAGGCGGAUGAUCAGAUCCUGCUCAACAUUAUGAUCAUGCCGCACCAACUGAAAGAGAUUCAACAGAUCUUCACGAAAGAAACAUCGGACAGUGGGAAUUCGGAGACUCUUCUGGACCCAGAAUACUUCAGUGAAGAAAAGAAGGUUAUUGUUUUGGACGAAAAAUAUGAAAAUAUUACGGAGAAGAUGGAAGUCUACCAUAAACAAUUUUUAAACGACUGGCACGAAAUGACGCAGUAUUUUCAACAGACGGAGGAGUUAAUUUCAAUCGAGGAAUUCAUGAAACGAACGGACUCUUCGCCCGAGAAAAUUCCACGAGAUAUCUACGAGGCCCUCCACUAUAUCCACGGUGCGUGCGUAGCCGAAAUCGCAAAGGAUGUACCGAAUGAGAACAUUAUCUUCAAUUCAGAUGUUUUCCUUGUCACAAAUGACAACAACAAGUUUCAUUUAUCUUUGAGAAACUCAAAAGGAUCAGUGGAACAGAUGAGCUGCGACUUUCUCGUCUCGGCAGUCCCGAUCAGUCAGUAUCAGUCGAAAAGGUUAAGGCUUGAGUUUAUGACCCCGGAGAAAGAUGAGCUCAUAUCAGCACUUUCACUUGUGCACUUUGCGAAUUGUUUUGUCUUACUGGAAAAAGAUCAGGAGCAUCUACUCCCAGACAAGAAUGACUUCAUCUACCUUCCAAACAACGAAGAGAACAUCUUCCGGUCUAUCGAAUUCGACCCAAUGAUACUCCGGUUUCACGGGCGAAAGGCGAUCGCAUUCAGAACCACGUCAGAAAAGGCGAAAAAGUUCAACUCGCUUUCAAGAGAAGAGAUCAAGAAAAACAUUCAGACAACCAUCAAGAGAGUAUUUGGAUUUGAUGCGAAUAUUGAAAACUUUUCGAACCCAACUUGGGCUGCACAAGAAAACUUCCAGGGCUGCUAUACGAAUGUGGCUCUGUGUCCGGGAAAGACAUUUGACGAGUUUUACUCGCGUCUGAACGUUCCAUUAGUUGAUAAUUUCUACAUGAUUGGAGAGGCUUUCGAUGGAUCGAAUGCUGGUUAUGCGCAUGGAGCGUACCUAACUGGAGUCAACUCAGCAGAACAAAUUCUUAGAUUACUGAAUACUGAGGAUAAUAAAGAAAGAUAA